AUGACAGUCUGCGGAGAGUUGAGUUUCAAUGUGGAUCACGGCUAUCUGGAGGGCCUGGUUCGAGGAAUGAAGGCUGAGAUUCUGACUCGCUCUGAGUAUCACAACCUGGCCCAAUGUGAUACUCUUGAAGACAUGAAGCUGCACCUGCAGAGUACAGACUACAGUGGUCUCCUGUCUUCAUCAGCUGAGGAUCUGACUGUUUCUCUAAUGGACACCAAGCUGAGAGAGAACCUACUGGCAGAGUUCAGCUGCCUGCGAUCCAAUGCCCUUCCACCCCUCUCCACCUUUCUCGACUAUAUCACCUACAGUUACAUGAUCGACAAUGUGGUGAUGCUGAUCACUGGAGCUCUGAAGCGAAAGGAUGUGGCAGAGCUGCUCCCACGGUGCCACCCGUUAGGCGCCUUUGACCAGAUGGCAGCGGUGGGCAUCGCCUGCACCCCUGCUGACCUCUACUCGACCAUCCUGGUGGACACACCACUCGCUCAGUUUUUCCAGGGCAAUGUGUGUGAGUCCAACUUGGAUGAGAUGGAAGCGGAGAUCCUGAGAAACAAACUGUAUAAGGCUUAUUUAGAGUCUUUCCACUCAUUCUGCAACCACAUUGGCGGUGCUACAAAGGAUGUCAUGUGUCCUGUCCUAGAGUUCGAGGCAGACAGGCGGGCCUUCAUCAUCACAGUGAACUCCUUUGGGACAGAGCUCAGCGGUGCAGAAAGGAGAUCCCUCUACCCAAUCUGUGGCAAACUUUACCCUGAAGGACUGCGACUGCUUGCCAAAGCAGAGGACCCCGAACAAGUCAAAGCCGUGGCUGAACACUAUCCGGACUACAAAAUUAUUUUUGAUGACUCUGAGCCGGGGUCGAUUCCCAGGACUUUGGAGGACCGAUUCUUUGAAGAAGAGGUGAGGCUGAAUAAACAAGCAUUCCUGCAGCAGUUCCACUUUGGCGUGUUCUACUCAUACGUCAAACUGAAGGAGCAGGAGAACCGUAAUAUCGUCUGGAUUGCCGAGUGUGUGGCGCAGAGGCAGAAGUCAAAGAUAGACAGAUACAUACCAAUUCUCUAGACAAGCAGGAGGGCCGACUACUAAAUCUGAAUAAAGACGAAGCAAAGCAGCAUAUGUGAAAAACAGCAUUUAUGCAUCUUGUUAAAAAUCUACAUGAGAAAUGUCAAUGCCUUUAUAGUUCAAGUCGUCGACUUGUAUCUUCAGUGUUUGAACUCUGUGUCAUGACUGAUCUCUAAAAUUAUUAAAACCAUUC